AUGGAGAAAUUGCUUGGUGGACAAACAAACAAUGGAGCUCUUAAGUCAAAGACUAAGAUCGUGUGUACUCUUGGACCGGCGUCUAGAUCUGUCGAGAUGAUCGAAAAGCUUCUCAAAGCCGGUAUGAACGUAGCCCGUUUCAACUUCUCUCAUGGUUCUCACGAUUACCAUCAAGAAACCCUAGAUAAUCUCAGAAUCGCCAUGAAGAACACCAGUAUUCUCUGUGCCGUUAUGCUCGACACAAAGGGUCCUGAGAUCCGAACCGGAUUUCUCAAUGAAGGUAAACCGGUUCAGCUAAUUCAAGGUCAAGAAAUCACAAUCUCAAUCGAUUACACCAUUGAAGGAGAUUCAAACACAAUCUCCAUGAGCUACAAGAAACUUGCAGAGGAUCUCAAGUCCGGUGACGUGAUUCUCUGUUCCGACGGAACAAUCUCACUUACCGUCUUGUCCUGCGACAAGAAUCUUGGUCUUGUUCGUUGCCGUUGCGAAAACUCUGCGACUCUUGGAGAAAGAAAGAACGUUAAUCUUCCUGGAAUCGUAGUUGAUCUCCCAACACUUACAGAGAAGGAUCAAGUCGAUAUUCUUCAAUGGGGAGUUCCGAAUAAGAUCGAUAUCAUCGCUCUUUCCUUUGUUCGUAAAGGAUCUGACCUAAUCGAGGUUAGGAAAUUGCUUGGAGAACACUCAAAGAGCAUCAUGCUUAUGUCAAAGGUGGAGAAUCAAGAAGGAGUGAUGAAUUUCGACAACAUUCUGAAGAACACUGAUGCAUUCAUGGUUGCUAGAGGUGAUUUGGGAAUGGAGAUUCCGAUUGAGAAGAUGUUUCUAGCUCAGAAGAUGAUGAUCGAGAAGGCGAAUGCACUCGGGAAACCAGUCGUGACAGCGACACAGAUGCUUGAGUCGAUGACCAAAUCUCCACGCCCGACUAGAGCCGAAGCAACCGACGUAGCGAACGCUGUCCUCGACGGUACCGAUUGCGUCAUGCUAAGCGGAGAAACAGCUGCCGGAGCUCACCCCGAGACCGCCGUGUUAACCAUGUCAAGAAUCUGCAAAGAAGCAGAGGAUUACAUUGAUUACGACGCUAUGCAGAAGAAAACCCUACAAAUCGUUUCUUUACCGUUAUCACCGAUCGAGAGCUUAGCCUCUUCGGCUGUUUCCACGGCUAGGAGUCUAGGAGCGAAGGCGAUUGUGGUUCUGACCAAAGGCGGCUACACGUCGGAGCUUGUGGCGAAAUACAGGCCUAGCGUUCCGAUUCUGUCGGUGAUUGUGCCGGAGAUUGAUCGCGACGAGGAAGCGGCCACUCAUGUGGCGAAACGUGGUUUGAUUUGCCGUGGAAUCAUUCCGGUGGUGGCGACCGGAGGUUUCGAUUCGACGGAGGAGACAUUUAGGUUUGCGAGCGGAGUCUCGAAGGAGAAGGGAAUAUGUAAGGCUGGAGAUUUGAUUGUGGCGUUGCACAAGAUCGAUGGUUACUCUGUUGUCAAGAUUUUGAGUGUGGAGUAG